AUGAAUCCUUGUUAUUCUAGCUACACCGACGUCCUCCUAAGUUUACUCAUGAUCAUGUUCAUGGCUAGUCCUCGAUCAAUCGACGCUACUGAAAAUCCUGCAGCCAUACUUAUAAGAGUUGAUCCAUCAGGGAAGGGAGACUACAGGAAAUUACAAGAUGCCAUUGACGCCGUGCCAUCCAACAACAAAGAAGUUGUGUUCAUUUUGGUCAAGCCUGGUAUCUACAAAGAAAAGAUUGUUGUUGGGAACAUAUUUGAAUCUCCUACCUUCUCUGUGUUGGCUUCUGAUUUUGUUGCCCGAUACCUCACAAUUCAGGUACAACAUGGAGCUGGUGCCAAAGCAGUAGCAUUGAGGGUAUCGGGUAGGGUAGCUUUCUUCGGUGCAGAUUUUUAUCCUAUCAGGGUACCCUUGCUAGAUGACACCGGAAGACACUACUACAGCGGUUGUUUCAUUGAAGGACCUGUCGACUUCAUUUGUGGAAUGCUGCUUCUCUUUUUGAGAGAUGCCACUUGCAUUCACUCUCGGAAGGAGAUGCAGCUAUCACCCCCCAACGCAGGGAGUCACCUUCCGAGGACACAGGCUUUACUUUCUUGGGUUGCAAGGGUCGUUUUCGCCCUUACCUAUAUGUCCAAUGUGAUUCUGCCCCGGUGGGAUGACUGGGGAGACUCAUCCAAGCAAAGCUGGGUUUUCUACAGAGAAUACAAAUUUUAUGGACCUGGAGCCAACACAAAAAGGGUUGAAUGGUCUCAAGAGCUGACAGGCAUAAAGGCCCAGCCUUUCUUGACAAAGAACAUGAUUGGUCGCAAGGUUGGAUCAGAUCAACGCCAACCCGUUUCAAGAAAGCUUCAACUGCCGUAUCUAACAAUUCUACUAGGCAUGCCUAAUCACGAAGAGGGAAGAAUGAAUGAUUUGAAAAAAGCUAGAAGUGCAUUUGUAGGGAGAGAAGGGAUGGAGAUGGAGAAGAAGGUUCAGGGAUUGCUCGGAACGUUGGGUCGCCACUGUUAUGCGGUGUUGUGUGUGAGUGUGAUACUUGUUUCGGUGACAAUUGCUCACCUGGUUUAUGCAAUGGAGGAUCACCCGAUGGAUGCACGUGAACGCACCAAGCGUCGCCUCCGUUCUUUGCAUGGCCCUUUCUCUUAGCCAAAG